AUGCGUCCAACCCCCAUCUCCUACCGGGUCAAGCCCUCUUUCCAGCCCCACGUCGGCCGAUUCACUCCCGCCGCAGUAUUCAAGUGGGCUCCCACUCUCGCCAUGUGGGGCGGUGCCGGUGCCGGUGCCGUCAUGCUCUUCAUGUCGAGCGUCCCCCUCUUCAAGAAGGAUGUUUUGCUCAAGCUCCCAGUCAUCGCUCCGUACUUCGAGGACAAGACCCACCCUGCGGACAACGCUUUCUAG